AUGGAUUUGGUGGGUUUCGAUAAGUUCGAAAUCAACGUCCAAAGGGUAGAAGUUCCUGAGCCGAAGAACAGCCGAGUUACUGACCCACAUCUUCGCUUGCUAGCGCUUGAACCACACAAUUCAGAAUAUUCGAAUUUUGAAUUGCUUCGAUAUUUCUUACACCUCUCGACAUCGACAAACCUUCAAGCAACUCGACAAACCGCCAAGAUGCUUAUCCCAAAGGCCGACCGCAAGUUGAUUCACGAGUACUUGUUCCGUGAGGGCGUACUUGUCGCAAAGAAGGAGUACGAAAACAAGCACCCAGAAAUCGACACCCGUAACCUUUACGUUGUCAAGGCUUGUCAAUCUUUGACCUCCCGUGGAUACGUCAAGACUCAAUUCUCUUGGCAAUACUACUACUACACCCUCACCCCAGAGGGUCUCGACUACCUCCGCGAAUGGCUCCAUCUCCCCGCUGAGAUUGUUCCAUCUACCCACAUCAAGGUCCAAAGAUCCCACGCUCCUCCUCGUGGAAUGAUGGGAGGUGACGAUCGCAAGCCUUUCGGUGGCCGCGGUGGACGUGGUGGUGGAGAGCGUGGUGACCGUAGUGAUUACCGCAGACGUGAGGGUGGUGAGGGCAAAGAAGGUGCCGCACCAGGAGAGUUCAAGCCUACAUUCCGUGGUGGUGCUGGACGUGGAGGCGGAGCUGCUCCACCUUCGUAGAUUUAUUCUACUAUUUCUUUACGCUUGCUCAAUGCAUCCGACAGGAAUUCCUCAUAAACACUUGUAUGGUUGGACGACUGGACAGUAGCGCGUUAGGUCGAGUGAAAGUAAUCGCCGGGGGAGCAUAGGUCGAAGGUGGAAGUUGACACUUCAAAACUGUCAGGUAGCAUAAUGAGCUUCUUCCAAUACCCCUUCAAUUUAUUAUGACGUGAAAACACGAUACUCCUUCACACUUCCUGCGACUCAUUCUCUGCUUUUCUUUUCAUGACUGUUUGAAUUUUU